AUGCAAAAACUUCCGAAACCUCAACUUCUGGAUGAUGUCCACCCAAAGACAAGCGGGCUACUCGAUCCCGCAACUCAGUUGAUUGAUGCCAUCAUGGACGGAAUUACCACAUUUUCGCUUGUUUGCAAUAUCCUUCAAGUCAUCGUUAUAGCGCAUAAGCUGCACACAACUGCAAGAGAAAUACGCUCAUCUGCCACCGGAAGUACAGCCAAUUACAAUGGAUUCCACAUCAUCUGUCGAUCUAUAGAAGAAAAUGUUGCGUCUAUUUCAAAGUCUAGCAAUGAUGACACGCUCCGGGACAUGGCAAAUGAAUGCAAAACUCUCGUACGUGCACAUAGAAACUGCAUUCCGUCAGUUCCCCUUGGGAAAAAAAUCGGAUACUCCAGAGCCAUUUAUAUGGCCUGCUUAGCGUAUUACAAGAGAAAAGAAUUCGACGAAUCCCAACAACGCAUUGAAAAGAUGGCGCAGCGUAUCUCCGAGUCAUAUCUAAAGAGCAUGCUAGAAAGAGUACACGAAAACACUGAUGAUAUGAAAAGGAGUCUUACCGCCAUCAAACAGAACAUGAGCACGAUGGAGAAGCAGCUUCAUGAGACACAAUUCCUGUCAACGACAGGACUUUGGGCACCGGUAUCCACGAAAAACUCUGUCAACAUUCUCUCCGAAUGGCUUCGCAAACAGAAAGACGAUAGAAUAUAUCUGAAGUGUAUGCGUGCCCUAUAUUACGGGCACAUUAAGUUGCGCGAGGGGAAGAUACAUAAAGCGCACCGAGACACAUUCCGCUGGAUUUUCGAGGAGGAUGGGAAGCAUCCAGGCGAGAAACUCAAAUUUCGCGAUUGGUUACGAAUGCAAGAGCCGACAGGAAAUUUGUUCUGGAUCUCAGGAAAACCAGGGUCCGGCAAAAGCACACUCAUGAAGUUUAUGGCCAGUAGUCCACAACUGAAGGAGAACUUGAAAGUCUGGUCAGAAGGACAGCCUGUUCUGUUGGUUACCCACUACUUUUGGAGAACUGGCUCAGAUCUGCAAAAGACUUUGGGUGGGCUGAUGCGAUCACUCCUGUACCAAAUCCUCGACAAAAAUCUCAAUCUCGUGCGCGAAAUUUUCCCAGGAAAAGAGUGGGCCAGCGUGGGUAGCAAGUACGAGUUUUCAAUGGAAAGACUGAAAGACGCACUCGAGACUACUCUCGGUCGUGUGGGCGAGGAAAAUUUGCGCAUCUUCAUCAUGAUUGAUGGGCUUGACGAAUUCGACGAUCGACCGGACCAAGCCAGUCAGAGCCAAGAAACUGAGAACGCAGAGAAGCUCAUCGAUUUUUUGACCAUCUUUGAGGGCUUUUCUCAUGUAAAAAUCUGUGUGUCGAGCAGACCAUACGAGGAAUUUCGAGUGCGCUACGGAUGCCCAGACCGAUCUUUGGCUGUUCACGAUAUGACCAGAGAUGACAUUCAGUCUUACAUCGAGGACAAGCUUUCCAAGAAUUCGAAAUUUCUUGAGCUAUCUUCUCAAGAUGACCAGUACUUCAGAAUCGUUCAGGAAAUGGUUCACACGGCGGAAGGUGUCUUUAUUUGGGUGGAGUUGGCCCUGCGAACAUUGUUAAGAGGUAUCGAUAGAUGUCACGAUAGCCACACCCUCCUACAGCGUCUGCGGGACAUACCACCUGAGCUCGGAGAACUCUACGACACUAUAAUUGCAUCCAUCGAUGGGCAUGAUCGUAAGAUCGCAGCUCGGCCAUUUCUUCUGGCUGUUGGGGACCCAAGGACAUUGAUUAAUCACUAUUUCCAAGACGAAGCUGUAAGACAUAGAGCUGAGCUUCAGGAAACAUUCAGUCUAGGGUGUUUGCAGGAUACGCUUGAAGAUAUGACCAGUGCCAUCAAUGAGCGAUGCAGAUCGCUUCUAACGGUGUCGCGAUCGCGUUAUGACAGAUCUUCCGGGCGUAUGAAAAGCAUGAUUCAUGAUACGGUACAGCCAAUCCAUAGGACCCUUGCCGAGCACAUAUCACGGCCCAACGUCCGAGAAAUGCUCAUGAAACAGGCUGGUACUAUACAUGAUGAAAUUUGGUAUUUUUGCGAAGCUCAAAUAGUAGUUCUAAAAGCUGCUAUGUGGAUGGCUAAAGGGGAACAUAUUCACGAUCGUAAGGGACCGACUUUUGCUUGGAGGACUGUAUCCUCUAUCUUCCGUGAAGCUUUAUGGCUGGGCCCUGAGCCUAUCUCGAAAUUCUGUGAUGAGAUACACGAAUUGAUACGGCAAUGGAUAUCUGAAGGCAAGCUCGAGCUAAAAGAGAUAUCGUACUUGUUUUUCACACUCGACAAGUGGUGGCACAGUUACCCGCUAUCUGUCGUACCCACGAAUUCUCAUCUUUAUAUUGAAUAUGGUACGUUUAGCUGGGACCAUGUCCUGAAUGCACUCCGAUAUGAAGGUGAUCGUGAGCACAAUAUGCUCCAAUCGACUGCGACAGAAAUUUUGAUACUUCUUCUCAGCAAUAGAUCGUGCAUACGUACAGCAGCAUGGUUCGAUAUUUUGGAGUUCUUUUUGGAGAAUGGAGCUGAGCCGAAUGCUUCUAGUCAAUACACCCCAAAUACACCAUGGGCUAUUUUUGUUAUGGAUUUGCUGAAAUCCCAGACCAAGCUUUUCCGAAACAAAACUAUUCUCUCCUUGACGUUGAAGGCGUUGUUAUCCCGGGGUGCAGAUUUAACGGCUAUAUGUCAUGCCCAUUUUUCUGUCGACAGGGUUGCUGGUUUAUACAUCCAACACCUACCAGAAGCGAUGUCUCUGGGCAGGCAUGUAUAG